AUGGCGGCUGCCUACUCUGCCCGUAAACUUGGGGUACCUGCCACCAUUGUCGUGCCCAGUGUCACCCCGGAACCAACAGUUGAGAGGCUGAGGGAUGAAGGCGCUGAUGUGGUCAUUCAUGGCAAGACGCUGAAUGAGAGCAUUGAAUAUGGACAACAGCUUGUGGCCAACAACCCUGGAUGGAUCUUCAUCUCUCCCUUUGAUGACCCUCUCAUCUGGGAGGGCCAUGCGUCUCUGGUGAAGGAGGUGGAGUCCGAGCUGCAGGAGAAGCCUGGGGCGAUGGUGUUGUCUGUUGGAGGUGGAGGCCUCAUGAACGGGGUUGUCGAAGGACUGCGUCGCGCCGGCUGGGAAAAUGUUCCAGUCGUAGCGAUGGAGACCAUGGGGGCACAUAGCCUCAAUGCUGCUAUAAAGGCUGGGAAGUUGAUCACUCUGCCUGAGAUCACAAGCAUUGCCACAACAUUGGGCCUGACAAGAGUAUCUGCACAGACCCUGAAACUUGCUGGCGAACAUACCGUUUACUCCGAGGUGGUCUCAGAUCAGGAUGCUGUCAAAGCUGUCGAGCGCUUUGUUGACGAUGAGAAGGUCCUGGUGGAGCCUGCGUGUGGCGCUGCCCUGGCAGCUGUGUACUGUGACAUCAUCCCCAGACUGCAGAAGGAGGGCAAGCUGGCGCAGGACCUGGGCCCUGUGGUGAUCGUGGUGUGCGGAGGCAACAACAUCAGCAUGGAACAGCUCCAGAAACUGAAGCAGCAGUUGGGCAUGUCAUCUAGCUAGGCAGACAGACGGCUUUGGGUUCUGCUGAUUCUUUCUCCAUCACUCCAUUCCCCAGAUCGUUCCAGCUUUAACUCCCCUACUCUAUUGUGCACUACCAAUAUGUGCAUCUGAUUAUGAGUCAUGAACACCAUUGGGCCAAAUCAUUCCAGACUGUGUGCAGUAUACUCCUGAAAGGGCAUGACUGGCUGAAGGAUGAACUGACUUUCGAUUCAGCAAUAGCUUACGGUUAAGAUAAAAAAAGCAUUGAAAGGCAUUGAUAGGCAUACAGUCUACUGCUCUGGCAGUAGUAGUCUUU